AUGAGCCGCACAAGAAAAGAUGUACAAGGUGUGAGGGAUCCCAAGGGUAAGAAAAGAAUCUCGUCACAUGAUUCCAUCAACUCCCUUGCACAAUCGAAGCUACGCAAACAUAAUAGUCCUCAUUAUAAUGAUGGAGAUUGUGUGCUUAUGAUGGCCCCUAAUCCGGAUGAUCCACCAUAUGUUGCUCAGAUUGUAGAAUCCAAGGCUAAAAAGGUGACAGUAAGAUGGUACUACAGACCCCAAGACACUGAUCUUUGGAAGAAAGACUGUCACGGAAAGUGUACCGUGCACACUUUUCAUGAAUAUAUGGAGCUUGAAAGUCGGCGUUCUGAUUCCGAUUACUACAGUCGAUUUGAGUAUGAUAUUUAUAAGAAAAAAUUGAUUGAUGUCAAAGAUGCUGAUUGGUUGUGCAUUUGCAGGAAUCCUUACAAUCCGGAUCUGUAUGUCUAUUGUCAGAUAUGCAAAUCAAGGUUCCAUCCAUCUUGUACCAACACUGAUGCAAAGAGUUCAUGCAUUAUUUUUUGUGAUAACUGCAAGAACUCUCCUAGCCAGGACCAAGCUGCGGACAAGCGCUUUGAAAGGUAUCUCAAGUUCCCGAGGAUGCACAAAGAUAUCAAAAAGGAGAAGGCCCUUGGAUAA